AUGCCUGUUACUCUGAAGCGGAAAGCCCCCGAAGCUGACAACUCUCGUCCAUCAUCAGCCAUCCCAUCCGCCCUCCCCCCCUCCGUCGAGGAGGCCUAUCGACGGAAGUGCGUCCAGCUUAAGAACCGCACGAACGAGGUCGAGGACGCCAACGAUGCCGCCCGCCUGCGCCUCGCGCGCAUCAAGCGUCAGGUCGAGAAGCUCCGGAUAGAGCGCGCCUUCUUGCUUGAGCAACUCGCCAAGCGUACCAGCACCAAUGUUGAAGACUCCGACGGGAGCCCUAGCCCGCCUCCUACGGACCUCGCCAGUUUAGCUGAGUUGAUGGUUAACCCCCGGAAGCCCAAGGAUAAGCCACUGCGCACCAAGCGAGGCCAUCGCAAGUCCAUGGCCGUCGACGUCGACGCCAAGGCCAACCCCGCGGGCUCCUUCACGACCAACCAAGCCCAGUCGCCCGUCUCCGAGACUGCCUCCCACGCCGCCGAUGGCCGGGCGAAGGACCGCGCCAAUGGCGUCUCCUCUAAGAAGCCUGUCGAUGCCUUCGAAGUCUACUGCGACGAGAACCGAGCCUCUCUCGAGGCCAAGAAGAAGGAGGAUGGCGAUGAAGAUCUCAACGUCGAGGACGAGCUAGCCCGCAGCUGGAAGGAACUCCCUGACGCUGAAAAGGAGGAGUUUCAAAUCAAGUUCGAGCAAUCGGUAGCCAAGGAGACCGAGAAGGACGAGGUGUCGUCUCCGAGGGAGGAGAAGGAGGACAACGACGACAAAGAAGACAAGGAGGAGAAGGAGGAAAGCGAAGCCAAGGACGACAGGGAGGAGAAGUCUGAAAAGGCAGACAAGGCCCAGACCCAGGAUGAGGAUGUCGAGAUGGGCAACUACGACACUGAGGAUCAAGACACUCAGGCGGGUGAAAAGGCCGAGGAGUGA